AUGACUACAACCGUAUCCGCUUGACUCGCCUCCCAAACAUCCCCGGAUCUGACUAUAUCAACGCCAGUCUGAUGCAUAGUUUUAAUCAAAGGAGAAACUACAUCGCCGCUCAAGCCCCCACUAAGAAGACCGUGGGGAGACUUCUGGAGAAUGAUCUGGGAACGUUCCUGCAGCCGGAUUGUCAUGGUGACUGGUCUCGUAGAAGGAUGUAAGGUGACAUGUGAACAGUACUGGCCGUCACGGGGCAUCCUGAACACAGGUCUCUUCCAGGUGGAACUUGGAGCCAUACAAACCCGAGCACACUUUACAGUGAGACAUCUGAAGGUCACGUCUUGUACAACAGCAGAAAGUCGGUCAGUUGUCCAGUUCCACUUCACAACCUGGCCUGACCACGGUGUACCUGACACCCUCGCUCUGGUCAACUUCAUCUGGCUGGUGAGACAGGCAGCUGCUGAGACAAACGGACCACUACUCGUCCACUGCAGCGCCGGUAUCGGACGUACAGGCACAUACAUCGCCGUUGACUCCCUGAUAGACCAGGCCCGAGGGGAGGGGGUGGUGGAUGUCCUGGGGUAUGUGUCAACCAUGAGGGAUCAGAGGAAGAACAUGAUACAGACUCCGGAGCAGUAUCAGUGUGUCUUCCAUUGCCUAUUGGAGAUGACAAAAUAUGGCAACACCAGCAUGGACGUUGACAGCUUCAUCAAUUGCUAUCUCAACAGUGGUAUGGACACUACAGUGGACGGAAGGACUUUCAGGCAGAUGUCAGAGAUGCUUACAAAUCAACAAAACGAUGAUUGUCCCUCCCGACACAGGAUGUUGGUGGAUGGUAAUCCUGACUUCAUUGUCCGAGUGGGUCCGUCUAUGACCUAUGUGAGCGGGUACCUUCAAGCGGUUGCCCCGCCAGCUGGGUUGGUGAAGCUGCUGUGGAAGCUGGUGGAAGAGAACAACGUCCACAACAUUGUUGUCGUCACCCCACUGGAGGCUGAUGUUGCUGGAAAAGAGAACGAGGAGAAGAAGUAUGGUGAUGUGACCAUAAAAACGACCAGUCAGAUCAACCUUACUUCAGGCCUCAUUCUUGUGAAUUUAAAACUACAAACAAAGAACUCAAAAAUCUCCCGAUCAGUGAAGAUGCUGCAGAUACCUGGUCAAAUCUCUAUUGAACACCUUGGGGCCCUAAUUCUAGGCAACCCCCACCUCCACCACCUGUCAUGUCAGCCAUACCCUACUGUUGUGCUGCACAGAGAGGCUGACCGAAAGACUGCUGUGUCUCUUGGCAUCAUGGGAAACAUUCUCUGUGGCAUCCUUGAUGAUCAUCGCGUGGACGUCGUCGGGCAUGUCAGAACAUUCCUCCAAAGUUGUCCUGGCUUUCAUCUUACAAGGGAUGAUGUCCGGUUGCUGUUUGACUUCAGCCGUCAAUGUGGGCUGAUGGAGGCGGCGGCAGGCAACUACACUAAUCUGUGACAGUGGACAGUUUCUGCGUACAGCUGGAAGUUAUCACAUAAUGACCCUUAAUAUUUCUUAUUCACUGGUACAACUGUUUAUUUUCACAAUGUAACCUUCUUAGUUUUUCAUUUUAUUGCAUUGUAUUUUACUUCGUUGCAAUGCUGUUGCAUAUGUCAUAUGUUCGAUUUUUCUAUUUGUACAUAUUAAUUGAGACAAUAAGUUAGGAUACCUUAACAUGCGCUAUCUGAAUUAGCUGGUGUUCUUAAAGACAACAACCUACACAUGUUCUUGACAUUUGUGGCAAGCAGUUUGAAUGUGGGGGAAUGAGAGUCGAGGAUAAUGGAGUUCCAGAGGAUACAAUGAUUAUUUGUAUGUGUUACUCCAAACCCAUAAUGCCAUCAGUUAUUUAGGUUAAGUGUGUCUAACAAACAGCAAUUAAGAAUACUGUUUUCAAAAUGCACCUACCAUGACACGGUCUUGUAGAAAUUACACAUAAUUAGGAACAAUUGUUUGCAAAUGAUGUAGCGUUUGUCUCCCUUUUAAAUAAUUCAUAACUAGCUUACAGAAACGAACUCAAUCAUAUUUCAUAUUAAUCAAUACAUUUUCAAAUUUGGUCAAACAACAUCACUUUGUAUCAAAAGCAAAUAAAACCUAAGAUAUGAUUAUUGAUAUCUGAGGAAAGCUUACUUUACGAGCUGCAAAAUUUUGAACGAACUUUUCCUAUUUUCUUUCCAUCGAAUUUAAUUUCCAUCGAUAUUAAAAAAGAAACAGGUCUCGCCAUUCAUUUACCCAUGUCAGUAUCAGAGUGUUUAAUAACAGUUCUCUCUUACCCUAUAAAUGUUGCUCUUAUAUCUUAAAGGCACCAUGUCACACUUCGCUAAAAAUAAAUAAUGCAAGUGUCUCAAUAACACUAACCAUCAGCCCUCAGGGAAGCUACCAUAUAAUUCAUUACAAUAAACAUUACGUAGCUAGAUUACAUUAAUAAAUUUAAAAAGUUCGAAUGAAUUAAUGCCCUCAACAGACCGUACUUUCUUUCAAGCGAACCCCAUAGAGUUAUCUCCCUUGGAACGCUCUUUACGAAUACCCUACGCACAAUUUGUGAUUGAAACCAGUUUGGCCAACACAUCCAUCACAGCAUGCAACAGUUGCUGAUGUACGGAGCAGUUAUUUACAUUCCAUAUAUGGCAAGUGUUCUCUGUUUGGAAGCUGUUAACCUGGAAGUUUCAAGUAUCGGUUUCAGGCAAGUCGUAAAGGAUAAUAAGUAUUUUAUUGCAACUAUAGGAAUUUAAAGCGAGUGCAUAUGCCCCAAUAUAAUAAUAUAAGCGAAACUAUUGUCGAGAAUGUGUUACAUUGUGCCUUUACCUCCGAUACCUUUUGUAAUGACCUUUUUAAGUGCUGUACAUUUAUAUUAGCCAAAGUAGUAUCUGAGCUAUUAAUAAUAGCAUACGUAUAGUUUAACAGUUGUGUCUUAUUGCCCAUUUUUCAGACUGUUUCUCUCACUUUUCUCUUAGUUUUAGAGCAUGUUCCGUAGUGCUCUACAAAACAGUAAAUGCUUAACUUCAUUCGUAUGUGUAGUUUGUUGUAUUUUAUUGCUUCCUGUUAUAUUUUCACUCACGAUGUAGCCAGAAUUGUCAUUGGAAAAUAAAGUUUCUUCUAAUCUGA